GCCAUUUGUUGCGAUGCGCUUUAAAUUCUAUCACACGUGGGAUUUUGCAAAACGCAGACAGUUCGAGUUCCUACGAUAAGCGGCAACCUCGCGAGGUUUUCUACGCGACGCGAACGGCGGUGUCUGCCAACUCUUCGUCCUUUGUGCGCGCACAAUUUCCAGUCUUCGAAGGCCGCAUUUGGCGAUCGGUCGGUGUCGCGCAACGCGUCGGUCACUUCCGCGCACGAUCCGCACCAAAAAGAGUUAGCUAGACUGAAUAGUGUCCGACCUCUGCCUCGACAUCAACGCCCGUGCGAUUUUCAUGAACAAAAGUGACGAAAACGCGUCGAUUUUUUUCGACAAUGUCGCGCGCACUGAUAGCGGUCACGGCACUCAUGUGGGGCGUCCUGGGUCACCCCCUGAACAACAUGGUGGACCAAAUCGAGCAGACUACGCCCCCACGGGAAGAUGAAUUCAGAGAUGAGUGGAACUACCGGGUCGAACAGAGCAGGGUGCCGGUCCUGUCCGACCUGGUCAGAAAUCACACGCUUCCGCCACCACUGCGCAGCACUGCCAGGUUCUGGGUACUGGACCAGGAGAAGACCAGCAACCUGCCCCAGAUCGUCGACAAGGCACUGAAACUGUUAAACCUGAAGCAAGUCGCGUUCGAGAUCGAAAACUCCGUCAUGUCGAAGGUGUCCUGCACGGCGUGCAGGGCGGGCGCCGGCCUCCUGCAGCACUACACCAAAACCGGCAAAUCCGAAAAGGAAAUCAAAAAAACGAUCUACCAGUUCUGCGUCAACCUCAAGAUUCAAUCGCCGCGGGUCUGCGAGGGUAUCACGGAACUCUUCGCCGGCGAAGUCAUCUACGUGUUGAGCAAGGUCAACAUCGGACCGGACGAAAUAUGUAGUUUCGUCAUCGGCGACGCUUGUGGCGACGUCUAUAAUCCGUACCACGAAUGGGAGGUCAUGUUCCCACCGGUACCGAAGCCCAACGUCGUCGAUUUGAAAAUUCCGGAGAACAACGCGCCUACCUUCAAGGUUCUUCAUUUGUCUGACACCCACUACGACCCUUACUACAUGGAGGGGGCUAACGCGGAUUGUGCCGAGCCCCUGUGUUGCAGGCUGACCAAUGGACCCGCCACCGCAAAAGAAUCUGCGGCAGGAAAGUGGGGCGACUAUCGGAAAUGUGACACGCCUAAAAUCACGGUGGACAACAUGCUGCAGCACAUUCAGACGACGCACCCGGACAUCGACUACAUAAUAUGGACCGGGGACUUGCCGCCGCACGACAUUUGGAACCAAACCCGCGACGAAAAUUUGAAAAUCCUUAAGGAGACCGUUAAGCAAAUGUCGGACAUGUUUCCCGGGAUCCCUAUAUUCCCCGCCCUCGGAAACCACGAAUCUGCUCCGGUAAACAGUUUUCCACCUCCGUUCGUCGACAAUCCCGACAGCAGCAUCGCUUGGCUGUACGACGAAAUCGACAAGCAGUGGAGAAAAUGGUUGCCGAGUAGCGUGAGCAACACCGUGAGAAGAGGAGCGUUCUAUUCGGUCUUGGUGCGGCCCGGGUUCCGACUCAUCUCCCUCAACAUGAACUAUUGCAACAACAAAAACUGGUGGCUUCUGUUGAACAGUACCGAUCCCGCCACGGAACUACAGUGGUUCAUAUACGAGCUGCAAUCUGCCGAAUUCAACGGCGAAAAGGUUCACGUCAUAGGGCACAUACCUCCAGGACACUCGGACUGCCUGAAGGUGUGGUCGAGGAACUACCACGCCAUCGUUAACAGGUACGAGUCGACGAUCAUUUCGCAGUUUUUCGGCCACACCCACUACGACGAGUUCGAGAUAUUCUACGACAGCAAGGAUCUCGCUAGGGCGAUAAACGUAGCGUACGUAGGACCGUCGGUGUCGCCUUAUUACGACCUAAAUCCGGGAUAUCGGAUUUACUACGUGGAUGGGGAUCACGAUAAAACUACCAGGGCCGUGGUCGACCACGAAUCGUGGACGAUGAACCUUCGCGAAGCAAACCUUUAUGGUUACCCGAUAUGGUUCCAGCUGUAUAGCGCCAAACAGUCGUUCGGAAUGGAAGCCCUGAGGCCGAGGGACUGGGACGAUCUGGUCGAGCGCAUGACCAACGAUCCUAAGCUAUUCGAUCUCUUUUACAAGUACUACUACAAGGCGAGCCCGGUACGACCCGCCUGCGAUAUGGAGUGCAGGAAAAAGAUCCUGUGUGAUUUACGUUCGGGUCGAUCUCACGACAGGAAGAGCCUGUGUCAAACCCUCGAGUCCAGAAUAGACUCGACCUCUAACGCUUCGUGGAAGGAUUGGUUUUUCAACACGAUAUCGGUUUCGUAAGUGUCACCCCCUCCGUAUCCCGUUCCCUUCGGGUUCUUCGGUAUUCUACGCCCUAACUUUGAAUUUCCCACCCGCUAAUCCACUUUUUUCUUAUAGCUUGGUGUAGGUUCUGUGGACAGGUGAACGCGGAUCAUUUAGGUGGGUAACAAUGGUUCCGAACAACUUCACACUUCCGAAACUAACGCUACUCUUGUCCCCCGUAGCAAAUACGAAUCCGGUUUUUGAAACGUUAUCGAUUUUUAGGGUCUCAGUAAUAAUGUCGAUACCGAGGCUGACCAUGCAGGUGCCCAAGUACGUGUUGGGGUUGGGAUAACUGU